AUGGCCCGGCGCUGGGCUCUUCUCGCCAGUGAGACCUGGGAUGCAGAACGCCGCGCCGGGGAGGAGGAGGCUGCAGCUGAAGUCGUGAGCCUGGUGGACAGGCUGCGCAAGGACGUCCAUGAGGUGCAGGUUGCUCUGAGCCAAGCCCAGUCUACGUCGACCUCGACACGCAGGGAGUACGAGACCCUGCGCCGAGUGAUGUCGGCGGCCGGUGCGCCACCUGAGGCUACUGCUGCGGAGCUGCGUCAGAUGGACACAGAGUACCACAAGCAGCGGAAUGCUUUGGUCGUCACGCAGGAUGCUGUGUGGAGUGCUCAGCAGCAGGCUGCCUACCGGGAGGUGCAGGUCGUGAGCAUGAGACGAGAGGGAGCAAAGAUUGCAUGGCAGCUGGAGGAAGCAUGCGGGAACCUCCCGAGGCUCGAAGAUCUUUGUGAGAAGGAGGCCUGGGAGCAGCGAUGUAUGGAGCGCGAGCGCCAGGCGGCGGUGGUGGCCGAGGAGCAGACAGCGGCGGGCCGACGCCAGUUGCAGGAGGAGGUGCAAAUGGGCCGCCAGCGGCUGGAUGAGCUGCGCAAGAGCCUGGAGUGGACGCAAGAGCAGACCGCGGAGGAGGAGGCCCAACGGCUAGCCGAGCUGCGGGCGUUGAAAAGAGAACAGAGGCGGGAAGAAGAUGAGUUGGCCGCCAGCAGCGCACUUGUCGCUAGGCAGGAGCAGGUAGCCGAUGAGAACAGGCAGCUCCGGCAGUGCUGGCAGGAGGAGUUACAAGAAGUCUCGGUUUUGGAGGAGUCGACGGCAGGCCUGCGUAAGGACGCAGCAGCCGAGCGAGUGCGCGGGAAGACAUGGCAGGACAAGCUCCGACGGUCGGUGGAGGAGGCCAAGGAGCUGCGGAGGAGUCUCCAGGAGUCCGAAUCCCAAUGCCAGGUGCACAGACAGGCCCUCCAAAAGGCUCGGCAGCGACCCUCGGAGCUGGCAGGGAUCAAGGCCGCCUUUGUUUCAGCUUCGGCUUCCACUUGGCGCGAGAGCAUGUCUGACUUUGGCAGCCUUGUAAAGUCGCCGGCAUCUGCGUCUUCGGCCGACAGACGCCAGCGGCUUUCUGCAGAGCUGCGGGCAGCGGAGACUCUGUACGCCAACACCAAGCUCCAGGUCUCCGAGAUGAGAUCGCAGAUCCGGAUGCUGCAGCUAGAGCAAGGUGCGAGUCGUGCUUCUGGUCCUCGGGCCCUGCCGGCGGCCAACUCGGAUGUAUCCGCCGGCCUUUUGCGGCGACGGCAGGCGCAGGCCGAGCGUCGGGCCUCGCUGAGGCUGCGGAGCGUGGCGGAAGCCUUGGGACGUCAGUCGCAGGAUGCCUCGCGGAGUUUGGCCAGCGAGACCCUUGCGAUCUCCGAGAGCUCCGAAGAGGCACCCGAGGAGGACGUGGUCGAGGAGUUGCACAGCCUGACAGUGCCCUCGAACAUGCCCGGAGCAUCCAAGGAUGAUCGCCAGGUGCCGCCGCCUCCAGCGUCGAUCUCAGCCUGCUCCUCCUUGCCAGAGUACCUGCGACAGAGAGCCGAAGCUACUCGGCGAGCCAUCUUGCGCGGCGAGAUCCACGCGGCAGAAAUGGCGCUCGAACUCCGGCCCUCUGCGCAGAUUCCCUGA